UCUCUCUCCCGCCCCCGAGCCCCGCGGUUCCUCUCCGGUCUCCUCUCGGCGCUGGAGGAUGAGCGAGCAGGGGAAGGGCUCGGCGGCGUCCGCCUCUGCCCCGGCGGCCCCCCCGGCGGCCCCGGGCUCGGACACUUACAAAGGCUGGCUCUUUAAGUGGACCAACUAUCUGAAAGGCUACCAGCGGCGGUGGUUCGUCCUCAGCAACGGCCUGCUCUCGUAUUACAGGACGCAGGCGGAGAUGGCCCAUACGUGUCGCGGAACAAUAAACUUGGCCACAGCGCACAUCGACACAGAGGACGCCUGCAACAUUGUCCUGAGCAGUGGCGGUCGCACGUACCACCUGAAGGCGAGCACAGAAGUGGAGAGGCAGAGAUGGGUCACGGCGCUCGAGCUGGCCAAAGCUAAAGCCAUCCGCAUGAUGAACGAUCAGUCUGAUGACUCAGGAGACGAGGAACCCACAUCCCAAUCAGACCGCAGCGAGAUUCAGGGAACACUGAAGAUACUCGUCAGCAAGCUCGAUGACCUCAGCACGUGUAAUGACCUGAUCGCAAAGCAUGGCGCGGCCCUGCAGCGAUCCCUGAGUGAACUCGAGGGGCUGAAGGUCCCUCUGGAGGGAGGGGAGAAGAUCAAGGCAGUCAACGAGCGAGCCACACUUUUCCGAAUCACUUCCAAUGCUAUGAUCAAUGCGUGUCGAGACUUCUUGGACCUAGCGGACACCCACAGUAGGAGAUGGCAGCGGGCGCUGCAGUAUGAGCGAGAGCAGCGCACUCACCUAGAGGAGACCAUUGAGCAGUUAGCCAAGCAGCAUAACAGCCUGGAGCGAGCGUGGAGAGAAGCACCCACGCUUGUUUCCAACAAGCCCAGUGCUCAGACAACCAACAAGGGAAGCGAGAGGCCGCUCAAAGAAGACGCAAGUGAUGAAGAUGAGGAUACUGAGUACUUUGAUGCCAUGGAGGAUUCCCCUGCAUUUAUCACAGUGACUGCCACUGACAACACACAGCACAGGCGAUCCAGUAAUUUGAGCGGAGCAAGCGGAGGUCACCCCAGCGACUGGAUCCAGGACGACCAUAUGUCUCCAGGCUGUAACGAUGUGUCAGGGAAGGAGCUGCAGCCCCGCAGACGGAGGCGGACUCACAUCCCAGACAAACCCAACUACUCCCUCAAUUUAUGGAGCAUUAUGAAGAACUGCAUUGGCAAGGAGCUCUCUAAAAUCCCCAUGCCUGUGAACUUCAAUGAGCCGCUGUCAAUGCUGCAGCGACUCACCGAGGACCUGGAGUACCACGAGCUCCUGGACAGGGCUGCGCGCUGCGACUCCUCUCUGGAGCAGAUGUGCCUGGUCGCUGCCUUCUCCGUCUCCUCCUACUCCACCACGGUCCAUCGGACAGCCAAGCCCUUCAACCCCCUCCUGGGCGAGACCUACGAGCUCGAUCGCCUGGAAGAGUUUGGCUAUCGCUCGCUGUGUGAGCAGGUGAGCCAUCACCCCCCUGCUGCUGCACAUCAUGUGAUUUCCAAACAAGGCUGGACCCUGUGGCAGGAAAUCACCAUUGCCAGCAAGUUCCGUGGAAAAUACCUCUCUAUUAUGCCUCUAGGUGCCAUUCACCUGCACUUCCAAUCCAGUGGGAACCACUAUGUUUGGAGAAAGGUCACCUCCACAGUGCAUAACAUCAUCGUGGGCAAGCUGUGGAUUGACCAGUCGGGGGACAUUGAGAUUGUGAAUCACAGGACAAAGGAGACCUGCCAACUCAAGUUCUCUCCCUACAGCUAUUUCUCCAGGGACGUCCCACGUAAGGUGACAGGUGUAGUGUCAGACAGCGGGGGCCAGGCUCACUACAUCCUCUCUGGUACCUGGGAUGAUAAGAUGGAGAGUGCGAAGAUCGUUCAGAGCAGCCGAGGGGGCAGUGGAUCAGAGGGCAAGCAGAAGACCGUGUAUCAGACGUUGUCCCCCAAACUGCUGUGGAAGAAAUACCCUCUCCCGGAGAACGCAGAGAACAUGUACCACUUCUCUGCUCUGGCAUUGACCCUGAAUGAGCUGGAGGACGGAGUGGGACUAACUGAUAGCCGCCUGAGACCCGACCAGAGGCUGAUGGAGGCAGGGCGAUGGGAUGAAGCAAACUCAGAAAAACAGAGGCUAGAGGAGAAGCAGAGAGCUGUGAGGAGGAGGAGAGAAGCAGAGGCCUCAGAUGCACUAGAUGACGGUCGAGAAUACGAAGGCUACCAGCCGCUGUGGUUUCACCAGAGGAGGAACUCGAUAACUGGAGAGACAAACUUUGUGUACAAGGGAGGUUACUGGGAGUCCAAGGAGAGACAGGACUGGAACACGAGCGCUGACAUCUUCUAACCCAGGAACUGACCCCAGAUCACAGCCAACCUCAGCAGACAGGAAACGGCUCAGCCUCUGGUCCUGGCUUAUGAGCACUAUUUGAACCUUCUGUGAUGAUGCAAACGUGUAUGUUUCACACGCUCUCGGAUAACACUGUACCUCCAAAUGUAUACACUCACUCUGUUCUUACACUGGGGAAAAGAAGGGGCAUUCCCUGAGUCCUCCUCUUUGACACCAUACUGAAACAGCAGUGAGGUAAAGUGUGGAUGUGCGAUAAUGAGGUGGUGACAUCACACAAUGAAGGCCCCUGCACACUCCUGAAAUCAGGUGCUCCGUAAAUGCUACCCACAAUGCACUUUUUUGGGAUCACCCUAUCACAGAGUUUUACCAAUUGGAUAGAAACUCCGUUCAAAGCAGCUCACAACUAUCAACUAUAAACAGGGACAACAUCAUAGAAACACAAGGGUUGAAUACACAUCAGCCAGGUAUUUUAAGAAAGUUCCCAUCCUUAUAUUUAUCACAUUUGAUAUUAAGCUACUUUAUAAGUUAGUUAACGUUUUCCUUCGCAGAAUUGAAUUCAAGUGCUCAUUUUCUCUUAAAGAGGGAAGUUAACGCCUGAACAUGGUGUCUAAAAGAUUUAUUAUGGAGAACCAAAGUGUCAAAUCAAAUAAAUAAAAACAUCAUAUUAAUAAAUGCAAAACAACGAGAUAUAAACAUAA